UUUAUUGCAGUUGGCACUGUGUGAUGCGCCCUAGCAAGGCCUAAAAUAGUUUUUUUUUUUAUAAAAACAAGAAAAUUUUAAACAAAAUGCGACAUAGCGCAACUUUGAAGCGACGUCUGCAGCUGCUGGCAUCGAUGCUGAUGUGUGGACUGCUGGGCUAUCUGAGCUCAUCGGUGGCGCUGGCUAAGCCAACAUUGUCCUUUAGCCUGCCGCAGGGACUGCAAGGCUUUAGCUCGUUUCAAAGCUUCACGCAGCAGAUAAUCGAGCAGCGCAGCUUGCGUCAAAUGAAAACCUACAGCGGCAAGCGUGUAAGCAACGACUCGCUCAUUAUGAUAUACUAUCACGAUCAGACUAUAGCUGUCACCGAGCUGGGGGCGCAGAAACUGCUGCUGGGCUGUGAGCUCAUAGAAAUCUACAACGAGAAGGAAGGCAAAAUGCUGCUGAAUGCACUCGCUCAAUAUAAUCGUCCGCUGGAAAUUAAUUUCGAUGAAAUGCUUAAGCUAAUGGAUCAAUGUGAGCGCGUGGAUAAGCUAAGCAAACAUAGAAGCAAGCAUAGCAGCGAUGCAGGCAGCGAACGGAGCAGCAGCAGCAGCAGCAACAGCGAGACUGCAAUAGCAACUAGCGAGUCGAGUGCAGCGAGUAACGAUGGCGCUGCGCUUAAGCUAGCAGCAAAUAUAUUUCCACGCAGUCCCUUCUCGCUGCUGAGCGGCAUUAUACCAGGCACCAAAUGGUGCGGCACUGGCGACAUUGCCGAUACCUACAACGAUCUGGGCAGCGAAAUGGCCAUGGAUCGCUGCUGUCGACAGCAUGAUCUAUGUCCUAUCAAAAUACGCGCCUAUCAGAACAAAUACGAGUUAAUGAACGACUCGUUGUACACAAAAUCCCAUUGCAUUUGCGAUGACAUGUUGUUCAGCUGCCUGAAGAUGACAAAUACAUCCGCUUCGCAGCUAAUGGGCUCCAUUUAUUUUAAUCUGGUGCAGGUGCCUUGCUUGGAUGGACGUAGCAACAAAUACAAGUUCCGAGCCGCCAAGGAGGGUUUCUAAAUUAGCUCAAAACUUUUGUACAUAACAAGCAAAUUGUUGUUAUUGUUGUAGAAAGCAGCAGCGCUUGGGGCUGCAAUUAUUUAUUUAAACUA